GCUUCACUUCGGCUGGCGUCGCCGCCUCGCGCGCCCCUGUUCUGCCACUACAGUCUUGGGGGCUGCUGGUCCCGAGUACCAUGUGCGAAGGCGCCCUGCUGCCCCCUUUCGUCCUGUCCUUGCUGCUGCUGGUGUGGGGACUGGACCCGGGCACAGCAGUCGGCGACGCGGCGGCCGACGUGGAGGUGGUGCUCCCGAGGCGACUGCGCCCCGACGACGUGCACCUGCAGCUGCUGCCGGGAGUAGCGGGGCUACGGCGGUGGCGACGACCGCGAGCAUCUCCGGGUGACCCUCUGGCGGGGACCAGAGAGCGCGCCCUGCUUCUGCACCUGCCGGCCUUCGGGCGCGACCUGUACCUGCAGCUGCGCCGCGACCUGCGCUUCCUGUCUCCGGGCUUCGAGGUGGAGGAGGCGGAUGCUGCGGGGAGCCGCGAACACCCAGCAGAGCUGUGCUUCUACUCAGGACGAGUCCUGGGCCACCCGGGCUCCCUGGUCUCCCUCAGCGCCUGCGGCGCCUCCGGCGGCCUGGUUGGCCUCAUCCAGCUGGAGCAGGAGCAGGUGUUCAUCCAGCCCCUCAACAACUCAGGAGGCCCAUUCAGCGGAAGAGAGCAUCUGAUCAGGCGCAAAUGGUCCUCCGCCCCCAGCCAGUCUACCUACGAGGAGGAGCCCAGGCAGCACUGCAAAGUAGUGACAGAAAAGAAGCCCAAGAAGGACAAAGCAUCGCGGGACUGGAGGGAGCGGAGGAAUGCCAUCAGGCUCACCAAUGAGCACACAGUGGAGACCCUGGUGGUGGCCGAUGCCGACAUGGUGCAGUACCACGGGGCAGAGGCUGCGCAGAGGUUCAUCCUCACUGUCAUGAACAUGGUAUACAACAUGUUUCAGCACCAGAGCCUCGGGAUUAAAAUUAACAUUCAAGUCACCAAGCUGGUCCUGCUGCGACAACGUCCGGCCAAGUUAUCCAUUGGGCAUCAUGGUGAGCGGUCCCUGGAGAGCUUCUGUCACUGGCAGAAUGAGGAGUAUGGGGGUGCACGGUACCUUGGCAAUAACCAGGUACCAGGAGGGAAGGAUGAUUCACCUUCUGUGGAUGCUGCUGUGUUUGUGACCAGGACAGAUUUCUGCGUUCACAAAGAUGAACCAUGUGACACUGUUGGAAUUGCUUACUUAGGAGGCGUGUGCAGUGCUAAGAGGAAAUGUGUGCUUGCUGAAGACAAUGGUCUCAAUUUGGCCUUUACCAUCGCGCAUGAGCUGGGCCACAACCUGGGAAUGAACCACGACGAUGACCACUCAUCUUGUGCUGGCCGGUCCCACAUCAUGUCAGGAGAGUGGGUGAAAGGCCGGAACCCUAGCGACCUCUCUUGGUCAUCCUGUAGUCGAGAUGACCUCGAGAACUUCCUCAAAUCCAAAGUCAGUGCCUGUUUACUGAUCACUGACCCCAGGAGUCAGCACGCCCUGCGUCUCCCACACAAGCUGCCAGGCAUGCACUACAGUGCCAAUGAGCAGUGCCAGAUUCUGUUUGGCACCAACGCCACCUUCUGCAGAAACAUGGAGCAUCUGAUGUGUGCUGGGCUGUGGUGCCUGGUAGAGGGCGACACAUCCUGCAAGACCAAGCUGGACCCUCCCCUGGAUGGCACGGAGUGUGGGGCGGACAAGUGGUGCCGGGCUGGAGAGUGUGUGAGCAAGACGCCCAUCCCAGAACAUGUGGACGGGGACUGGAGUCCAUGGGGCACCUGGAGCAUGUGCAGCAGGACGUGUGGGACAGGAGCAAGAUUUCGGCAGAGAAAAUGUGACAACCCCCCCCCUGGGCCUGGAGGCACACACUGCCAGGGUGCCAGCGUAGAACAUGCCGCCUGUGAGAACCUGCCCUGCCCCAAGGGUGUGCCCAGCUUCCGGGACCAGCAGUGCCAAGCCCAUGACCGACUGAGCAGCAAGAAGAGGGGCCUGUUGACAGCAGUGGUGGUUGAUGAUAAGCCGUGUGAACUCUACUGCUCACCACUCGGAAAGGAGUCCCCGCUGCUGGUGGCUGACAGGGUCCUGGAUGGCACGCCCUGCGGACCCUACGAGACUGACCUCUGCGUGUAUGGCAGAUGCCAGAAAAUUGGCUGUGAUGGCAUCAUCGGGUCUUCAGCCAAAGAAGACAGGUGUGGCGUCUGCAGCGGGGAUGGCAAGACCUGCCGUGUGGUGAAGGGUGACUUCAGCCACUCCCGGGGCACAGUCAAGAACAAUCUUUGUAUGAAGGUGUCCACAUGUGUGAUGGCAAAGGCGAUUCCCAAGUGUUUCUCAUGUUAUAUCGAAGCUGCUGUCAUUCCAGCCGGAGCUCGGAGGAUCCGUGUGGUAGAAGACAAACCUGCUCACAGUUUCCUGGCUCUCAAAGACUCCAGUAAGAGAGCCAUCAACAGUGACUGGAAGAUAGAGCUGCCCGGAGAGUUCCAGAUUGCAGGUACGACCGUCCGCUAUGUGAGAAGAGGCCUGUGGGAGAAGUUUUCAGCCAAGGGACCCACCACGGUGCCACUGCAUCUGAUGGUGCUGUUAUUUCACGACCAGAAUUAUGGAAUUCACUAUGAAUACACCAUACCCGUAAACCAGAGCACUGAAAAUCAGAGUGAGCCCGCCAAGCCGCAGGACGCCCUCUUUCUCUGGACCCACAGUGGCUGGGAAGGGUGCAGCGUGCAGUGUGGAGGAGGAGAACGAAGAACCAUUGUAUCAUGUACCCGGAUUGUUAACAAGACCACAACCCUGGUGAAUGACAGUGACUGUCCCCAAGGAAGCCGCCCUGAACCCCAAGUGCGAAGGUGCAACUCUCACCCAUGCCAGUCCCGGUGGGUGGCCGGUCAGUGGAGCCCCUGCUCAGCAACCUGUGAGAAGGGUGUCCAACAUCGGGAGGUGACUUGCAUGUACCAGCUACAGAACGGCACACAUGUCACUACUCGGCCCCUCUACUGCUCAGAACCCCGGCCGACACCAGUACAGAGCUGUGAAGGCCAGGACUGCCUGUCUAUCUGGGAGGCAUCAGAGUGGUCAGAGUGCUCUGCCAACUGUGGCAAAGGGACACAGAAACGAACCGUGACAUGCACCAACUCUCAAGGGAAAUGCGAUGCGUCCACAAGGCCGAAAGCAGAGGAGGCGUGUGAGGACUACUCCGGCUGCUAUGAGUGGAAAACUGGGGACUGGUCUAAGUGUUCAUCCACGUGCGGGAAGGGGCUCCAGUCCCGUGUGGUUCAGUGCAUGCAUAAGGUAACUGGACGCCAUGGCAGUGAGUGCCCCACCCUCUCAAAGCCAGCAGCCUACAGACAGUGCCACCAGGAGGUUUGCAAUGACAAGAUUAAUGUGAACACCAUCACCUCCCCUCGCCUUGCUGCCCUGACCUACAAAUGUACACGAGACCAGUGGACAGUAUACUGCCGGGUCAUCCGAGAGAAGAACCUCUGCCAGGACAUGCGGUGGUACCAGCGCUGCUGCCAGACCUGUAGGGACUUCUAUGCAGAUAAGAUGCGCCAGCCGCCCUCUCCACCAAGCUCAUGACGCACAGCACAGUGCUUGCUCAAAGCUCUGCCUCAAGAUCCGAGCUGUCAUCACUGACCCAUCCCGACGUGACAUGGAAAGAUGGAGAAGGUCCUCUCUUCCAUCCCCACGCCUUCACUUUCACCACAGAACUUUUCUGUCUCCAGAAGCACAGAGAAGUAACCAGACUGACCUCUCCAAGAGUGGUGGACCAGCUGCUAGUCUCCUGGCUGCUGCAGGAGACUGGCUUGGCUUCACAUCUUGGUGGGUCUUCUUGGGUGCUUAUGUUUGGAACUACCUUGAGACCCAUCUUCUCCUGGUGUCAGAUAGAAGCUCUUGGGCCAGUUUCCAUGGGAUCAUCUCCAAGUACUUUUUGACUUAUUGGUGCUGUUUCUAUUUUAGUAUAGGGAUGUUUGUUUUUGUUUUUUAUUUUACUAGCCCAUCACAGAGACGUGGUAGGGGUGGCAGGGAGCUUGAUUCCACUUGAACUGAAAAGGAGUGUUGAUAAACCUCCUUAGGUGCUCUAAGAGACUGUCAGGGUGAAGUAACCCCCUGGGUCACCCCCCCCCCAGUGAGGUGCUAAACACUGCUCCCCCACUCACUUCUGAUCACCAGCAGACUCCCCAACCUGUUUCUAAAAGCCGCAGAUUCCAGGGAGUUUUGGGGGGAGUGGAGGAAGAGGUGCUGUCAACUUUCCUUCAGCCCAACAUCUGUUAAUUUACCCAAAGACAUUCAUAGUUUGGAGCCAGAAAGCAGUGAGACCGCCAGCAUAGCCAGCUCGGGAAGCCGCACAGUUUCCCAUAGGUGUGACUGUCCCUCGUGCCUCUGAUGCCCCACUGCCAUCUGUCCCCAUUAAUGUUGAGCCCCCCCCCACGCAUGCCCUUUCUGAGCAAACGCUGGCCUUGUCGCUCUGAACUCCACCAUGACGCUUUCCUUCUGUUGUGCCCAGAGCCAUCAAAGCUCUGGGGUCUCAACGGUGAUGUUUCUGUGUUAGACCCUCCCUGUCACUCACGUACUGUACCUUCGUGGUUACACAGAUGUGUCACUAGCGUCUCACAAUCUCAUGGUGCUAUUCGUACUGGUGCAAGACAAGCCACUGGCUGUUGUCUGUGGCUCGAUGGAUCAGAGCACAGGAAAGGAGGCUGAGUGGCAGCCUCUCCUUUGCUCUUCUCUCUUUUUUCACUUUAAAGUCUAAUGUAUGUAUUUCCCACUAGUUAACUUACAUUCAGUACUGUGCCCGUGGGUUCUGUCUUGUUUUGUUUUACUUUGGGGUGCUGGUUAUGAAAGAAAACAAAAGAUGAAAAACAUUGGAUGCCAUCGUACAUGAAAAAUACAUCAUUUCAUUGGAAGCAAGUCGAAUAUGUGUAAUAAAAUGUUUUUCCACAA